AUGCUUACUGUCCUCGUUGUUCUCUCCUCCGUUGCCGGUCUUAUCUCGGCCAUACAACAACGUAUCCCGGGUUUCAACGUUAUCUGGUUUGAUCACUUCGAUGUCCCAGGCCUGGAAACAUCAAAAUGGAAUAUCUACACUGGGGCCGUGUUCAACGGGGAGCAAGAAACUUACACGACAUCAGCAAGCAAUUGCGGCCACUCAGGCAGUGAGACCCUUCUCCUCGCCCCACGAAAAGACGUCAGCACGUGA